AUGGGUAAACCUCAAUAUAAACAAAAAUUUCGACAAGAAUGGUUGAAAGAAAAAAUAUUUUGUGACUGGCUCCAAGUAGUAGAGGGUGAUCCAGAAAAGGCAUAUUGUAAGAUAUGUYGCAGUGAAAUUCGUGCUAGAAAAGCUGAUUUGUUAAACUAUAGCAAUACUGCAAAGCAUUUAACAUCAAUUAAAGCGGUACGUAUCCAUCCUCAAGGGGGUAUUAAGUUUAAACCAGUUAAUUUAAACUCGCAACAUGCACAGGCUGCAAUGACAUUAUUUGUUACCACUCACAGUGCUAUUCUUGCUAUUGACCAUCUCGGCGAAUUAUGCAACCAUCAUUUUCCUGAAAAAUAUUUUAAAUUGCAUAGAACUAAAUGUUCAGCAAUUAUAACAAACGUUCUAGCACCAUUCUUUAUUACAGUACUGAAAAAUGAUAUAGGCUUUUCAAAAUAUAGCUUACUCAUUGACGAGUCAACCGAUAUAUCAGUAUCGAAAUAUUUGGGUAUUGCUAUUAUUUAUUUCACAAUAGUUGAUGCUGUCAAGAAUUCAUUAAAAAAAUUUGAUUUGAAAUUGAAUAAUUUAAUUGGRAUCGGCUCAGAUAAUGAUAGUGUCAUGGUUGGCGUUAAUAGUAGAUUAGCAACUUCACACGCUUGUUCUGAAACUAUUCCUCGGCAUUUAGAUUAUUUAAUUUCAGAAACUUAUAAUUGGUUCUCCAAAUCUACAUUACGUCAACAAGCCUAUAAAGAUAUAUACAAAUGUUUGAAUGAAAAUCAUGUUCCAUUAAAAAUAGUUCAAGCCUGUAAUACGCGGUGGCUGUCUAUAGAAAGUGCUGUAGUCAGGAUAGUUGAUCAAUGGUAUGAACUCAAAGUUCAUUUCCAAGUCAGCCGAACAAAAGAUAAAUGUUAUUCAGCAGAAAUGUUUUAUUCUUUGUACAAUGAUGAACAUAAUUUGGCAUACUUAUUAUUUCUUAGACCACUUGCUAGACCACCUCAGUAA